CUUACAACGACAUAUAACAAAGAACCUGAGAGUUUAGAGCCAGAGAAAGAGAAGUUUGGUCGACUAAGCAACUAGAUUACUAUAAAGAAAAGUCGUAAACAAAGAGUAGGUGGGUAUUAUGAGGCUGCGUUGUCUAUGGGAAUGAAGCAACUUUGUUAAAACAUGACCCUUUCCAAUUUUAUCAAGAUAUUAAAAUUGUCCCAUCUCAACAAAUUUUCACUUUCUAUCGUAUAGAGAGUUGAGAUUGCUCUUUCUUUGCUGCUUAUCUGUUUGCACAUCCUUUUCAUUUUUCUUGCUUGGGUGACACAAAGGUUCAGCUUGUUCCAUAAGUUGAGACUUGAGAGUUGUUUUGUAUAUAUGAAAGCUGAGUUUUGUGCCGGCAUUCAGAGGACAGAGCAUGGCUGUUCUGAAAGAAGUUAGCAAUGCAGAAAAGGGUGGAAUUGAGGUAGAUAAUUACAAGAAUGGUCUGGUUCCUCGGAUCACUCUAGCUUCUGUUGAAUCCUUGACUUUACCUCUCGUGCAGGAAGUUGUUCUUUUAGCGGAUUUCGGAUGCAAAGGGUGUCAAGAAAAGGUUGCCACCAUGAUGUCUCGAAUGAAUGGCGAGACGGUGUCCAUUGAGGUGAGCCUUUCGGAGAAGAAGGUGACUCUGACAUGCAUAUAUCCUAGAAGUGUCAAGGAUCCAACACAAGUUGCUAAAAUUCACAAAAGCCCUGUAAGCAAGUCGAGCUUGAUCAAGCGCCUAUUUCGUUCAUCUUGUACCUGAGAACUCGAGGAUGUUCUUUAACGUAAUAUCUUACUCUGCACUGAUGUAAAAUUGAUAACUGGGAUUGACGUAUUCCCCUUUAAUCUUGAUAACAUAGGGUGGAAAGUUUGAUUUGCUGUGAA